AUGGUCUACUCCACCUUCCAGCACCAGACAGUGCUGGGAAUCCACCUGGGCCGGGCCAGAGCUCAGGUCAGGGUGAGUGCUGGGUCCUGGGUCUCAGUCUCUGAUGAUGGUCGUGGGGCAGAUCAGACAAACUUCAGGCCGACCCUUACCCGCUGUCCUUGUCCCCUCGGCGUCCCCUGCGCAGUGGUGGCCCGGAGCGCUCCGGAGGAGUCCGUGACCGGCAGCUUCGCCUCGUUCAUCCGCGGGGCUCGCCCCGAGCACCUGUCCCAGACCGUGCGGCAGCGCAGCAAGAGGAUGAUCCUGGACAGCAUCGGCGUGGGGCUGGUGGGCAGCACCACACGCGUGUUCGACAUCGCGCUGCGCUACUGCCGGGUAGGGACAGCCCCGCGCCGCCACCGCCGCUGCCACCUCCAGGGCCACCCGCGGGGCUCCGCUGACAUUCCGUCCCUCCCGCAGGAGCUGUAUUCCUCCGGGGCCGUGAGCUCUGUCUACGGCAAGCCCGGGCUGAAGCUGUCCCCGACCCUGGCUGCCUUCACCAACGGCGUGGCGACCCAUUCCAUGGAUUUUGACGACACGUGGCACCCUGCCACCCACCCCUCCGGGGCCGUGCUCCCGGCUCUCCUGGCAGCUUCCCAGAUGCUCCCUCCCAACGCCAAACCCAGCGGCCUGGAAUUCCUGCUGGCCUUCAACGUGGGCCUGGAAGUGCAAGGGAGGCUCAUGCACUUCUCCACCGAGGCUCACGACAUUCCCAAAAGGUUCCACCCUCCCUCGGUGGUGGGCACCCUGGGCAGCGCCGCGGCCGCGGCCAAGCUGCUGUCCCUCAGCUCUGCCCAGUGCUGCCACGCCCUGGGCAUCGCCGCCUCCCUCGCCGGGGCGCCCAUGGCCAACGCCGCCACCCAGGCCAAGCCUCUCCACGUUGGAAACGCCACCCGCCUGGGCUUGGAGGCAGCUCUGCUGGCGGCCCGAGGGAUGGAGGCCAACCCCUUGAUCCUGGAUGAUAUUCCCGGCUGCUCGGGGUUCAGCGCCUUCUACAGCGUCUACCAGCCCAAACCGCUGUCGGCGCCCGGCGAGCGCCACGAGUUCCUCCUGGAAAAGCAGGAUAUCGCCUUCAAGAGAUUCCCAGCCCACCUGGGCAUGCACUGGGUGGUGGAUGCUGCUUUGUCCGUCCGGAAUCUCUUCGUCAACUACGCGGGGUCCUUCUCGCCGUCGCUGAUCCGCAGCGUGGUGCUGAAGAUCCCGGUGUCCAAGUACAUCAACCGGCCUUUCCCCAGCUCGGAGCACCAGGCAAGGCACUCCUUCCAGUUCAACGCCUGCGCUGCCCUGCUGGACGGCGAGGUGGGCCUGGGCUCCUUCUCCGAGAGCAGCAUCCAGCGCCAGGAGCUGAGGGAGCUGCUGGGCAAGGUGGUGGUGGAGCACCCCGAGGACAACGUGGCCAACUUUGACAAGAUGUACGGAGAGGUGGCCCUGCUCCUGCACAGCGGGGACGUGCUGACGGGCAAAUGUGACACUUUCUACGGCCACUGGAGGAAGCCCCUGAGCGAAGAGUCGCUCCUGAAGAAGUUUCGAUCCAACGCCUCCCACGUGCUUCCAGAAGAAAAGGUAGAAGCCAUCAUCACUCUGGUGGACAACCUGGAGAACCUGUCAGACAGCUCCCAGCUGGCCUGCAGCCUGUGAGGGGGAUUGGUGAGGGGCUUGUCCUGGUGAAGCUGCGAUUCCUUUCUCCAUUGGUGCUUUCCUAUUGAUUCCCAAGGACAGGGAACUUCCCACCCCUUCCAGUAGAUCAUUGCAAAGAAACACACGAGGUAGGAGGUGUGUCUGGGCCAGCGCACGGACCGAGCCUCAACUCCUGGUUGAUGCUGGCUGAGGAGCUGAAAGGCCACCACAAGUAUAAAAAAAUUCCUAUGGAAAUCUCUGAGAAUCCUCAAAUUCCAGGGGGAAUGGUGCCCAUGCAUUUCUUACAACUGGAUCCAAGUUUUUCUGUGCAGGACGCCGAGUCUGGGAAGAGGAGGAGGUUCAGCUGUGCUUUUCUCAGUGCUCCUCUGGGCACUUUCAGGAUCAGAGUCAGGCAGUCCCACAGGAAAAUUCCAUCCUUGCUGUGAGCAGCCCUGCCUGCAGGACUCCCCAGCAGAGAGGGAUUCUUUUCCUUUCCAGUAAAAGCCUCGUGUUUCUCCAGCAGAUGAGGUGCAGAUGAGAACUCAACAUUUAUCCACAUGAAACACUGGGACUGCUGAUCCAAAGAGCUCCUUCCCAAUAUGGUCGUGAUAAAAUUGUGGAAUCUGCUGUGGGAAUUAGGAUUAUGGGAAUUAGGAUUCAAGAGGGAUGAGAUGGGAGCAGACAAGAAGGAAAAUCCUUUUCUCUUGCUGGUCGUGGUUUGUGCAGGGAACGAACCAUCCAGAAGAAAACUGUUUUCCCACCUGUUAAUCAACUGUCCAAUAUUCAUAGUGAAUCUUGCUGAAUAAAGAACAGAAUUAAAUUCAUUUUCUCCAUAAAGAUUUAAUGCUGCAUUAUGUAAACCAUCAGUUUUAAUUGGAAUCCUCACAAUACAGAGGUUUUCCCAAUCGAUGGGGACAGGGACAGCUGGAAUGCUGACCUGUGGUUUCUCCAGGGAAAAGCAUUGAGCCCCACAAGUUGUUUUUCCUGGAGAUAACAACAACCAUCAGCCAGCAAAGCCUCUGGUGCUCCAACACCGUCACUCCAACAGAAGUUCCUCCAUCAGCAACGCAUUCCAAAUACUUGCUAAAUUUCCAUUACAAGUUUUGAGUUUCCCGUGGUUCGGGCCAGGUGUGAGAGCCCCAAAAAUGUCAUUCCAUGUUUCACCCUCUGGUGAACGGGAAAGGCACAGAGCUGGUCUCCUCCAGGCCAGCCAGCAGCUCAGCAUUUAAAGGGAUCAACAGAGCCGAGGUGGGCUCCAGUGGAGGAAGAAAAACCCUCUCCCAUGGGGUUUGAACCCAUCUAAUGGGCUUUGACCCCCUUCCAUAGGGUUUGAUCCCCUCUCAUGGGGUUUGAACCCCUCCCAUGGGCACCAACCCUCUCCCAUUGGGGUUUGACCCUCUCCCAUGGGCUUUGACCCCCUUCCAUGGGGUUUGAUCCCCUCUCAUGGAGUUUGAUCCCCUCCCAUGGAUUUUGACCUUCUCCCAUGGAUUUUGACCCUCCCUCAUUGGGAUUUGACCCCCUCCCAUGGACACCAACCCUCUCUCGUUGGGGUUUGACCCUCUCCCAUGGGGUUUGACCCUCUUCCAUGGCUUUGACCUCUCCUGCAGGAACCAACCCUGUUCCAUGAGGAUUAACCCUCUCCCAUGGGGUUUGACCCUCUCCCGUGGGGAUUAACCCUUUCCCGUGGGUUUUGACCCUGCGAGGGUCACAGACCCGGCCGGGGGAAUCAGCACCCUGGAGAGCAGCCGCCGGAUGCUCCGCGGGCGCCGGGACCGAGGGAAUUCCGCUCCCAGAGUCCCUCCCAGGGAUCCCUCCUGGGAUCCCUUCCCGGAUCUCCAUCCACAAGGUGAAGGUGAGGAGAUGCCCGUGGCUUUCUCCCAUGGCAUUCCUGUCUUUAACUCCCACAAGCCACUCAGUGGAAACCAGCUUAUGCCCGCUGAUCAUCCAAAGCA